AUGUUUGUUAUCAUUUUAGGGGGAGCAGCAACAAAUCAUAGACAUAAACCUCGUCGUUUAUCUACACCGGAAAGUGUUGCUGAAAAAAGUAACGAUGAAAAUGAAGGUAGCAGUAUUAUCUCAAGUCAUAAAAGAUCUACUAAUAAUAAUCUAAUAAAUCCAACAACAAUGAUUCAACGUGGUGAACCACUAAUAUCUCAUAAUAAACCUCCACCGCCUGUUAUAGAAGAAAAUAAAACCACUAGUAAAUUUACUUCAACAGCUGUUGGAAAUAAUUUACCAACAUCAUCAAUAUUUACAUUAACUGAACCACUACCGUCAUCAAAAACAAAAAAAAUUGUCAAAGAAUUAGAUGAAAAGUGGCAAGAUAUGUUUGAUACAAAUGAUAAUAAUAAAAAACAAGAUACAACAAAAGAUGAUUUAUUAGCAAAAUUAACAUCUGCCACACCACCUACAUCGUCAUCGAAAUCUAUCGUCCAUGCGGAUGAUAAAAAAACGACAACGACAAAAAUAAAUAAACCUCUUGAACGUACAAAUAGUCGUGGCUAUGACUUCGAUUUAGUAACAAUGAAUUUACAUGAAGGACGACCAGCCAAUGCUACGUUUGUGAAUAAAACAGAUCCAUUUGAAUCAAUAUUUAAUACAAAUACAAAAACAUCUACAACAACAACAAAUCAACAUGAUUUGAAUGAUAUAUUUGCGAGUAAAACGACGACGAAUACGACGAAAGAACAGAAAACUGAUUUAUUCGAUUCGUUAUUCGGACCACCACAAUCAACAAAAACGACCACUUCCGAUACUAUCACCCCAUCAUCGAUAAAAACAAAUUCAAAUAGUUCAAAAAGCGACAAAUUACAACGUCCAAAAAUUGUGACAAAUGCAAAUCGUUCAGUACCGAAUAAUAACAGAGCAGUAGUAGAGGAAGUAGAAGAGUUUAUUCUUUGA